AUGAUUGAGGCCCCGCGUAAAGAGGAACUUCAAGCUGCGCACCAGACCGACGAACAAAGCGGAUACCGCGGAUAUGACUCCGAUCACUACGUGUAUUAUGGGCAGAAGGGCGACGGUAAGUCUCUGAGAAGGGCCUUCGAAGCAGCUAGUCUAGAAGACUCCAUACGAGCAGCGGCCUUGCCCAAGGCCGGUCCCAUGCAAGAACUAGCGGAAGCCCUGAUCCCCGACCCCGAAGAAUUCCCUUCCUGA